AAUAAAUCAGUUGGUAAAUUCGACUAGUUUGGAAUGCUGAGACAUAAGAGAAUUGGUGACUUAUUGUUGCAUUUUAGUCAUUUAAUUUCUCAAAUUUCCAACUACAUAUUUCAUUUAAAGAACUAGCCAUGCGGUAUGCAUGGAAUCUCCUUCUCUUCAUCUGGGCUGCUGCUACAAUCAGGUUAUCUUCAGGAGCAUGCCCAGUGCCAACGAUAGGCUUGUUAAUUAAUGACAAUUGGGACAUCGACACUAAACUCUGGAGUUCUGAACUACUAUCAGGAACAAUUUUAGACGAAAUGAGUUUCGACAUUGGGGAAGAUGGCUACGACCACAUGGAUGCAUUCCGACCUGAAAUCGAAAGGCCGGACGGGGCCACCUACGAACUGUUUUUUUACCCUGGACCCCGAUUUCACGACUACGUUGACCUGCUUCCUCGAAACAAAUCAACACUUGUGACUUUCCGCUAUAACUGCGACGGCGCAGAUAGAACGUCACAAGUUAUUGCUCAAUGGGACGAUAUAAACACCCGAGCACCAGAGUUUGUCCCUAUGGACCCGUCUAAAUUGACUUAUUCCAUUAAUACAAACUGGGACAAAAGGAUUCCACUGGAUUGGGAAGAACCGAUAAAAAUUUCGGAUAAAGAUCAUGAUUUCGCGAAUGCUCAAUCUCUCACAUUUACCUCAAAUCCGGAUAUACUCCGUUUCGACCCUACUCAUUUAUACCAAGAGGGCGAUCCUAUCCCUGCAGAAUAUCUGACCGAUGUCAAAGUCUUCGUAAAGGAUGAAUAUACCCUCAAAGUAGGGGACACCACCGUACAAGUCACAGUAUCAGAUGGGACGCACCCCGCCUCCUCACCAAUUACCAUCACGUUACGAGUAAGUUGGUCUCCUGAUACAAAACCUGUAUUCACGGACACCAAAUAUCAUCACAAGAUGCCGAUCUGGCCAAUAGCAGACGAUCCGUACGUGCUAGACCAACCGAUCGAGGUCAGCAUUCCUGGCGAUGAUACGGCCGAAUUCGAUUACACCUUCAGUCCAGUGGAUUAUAUACGAUUUGAAGAUCCAGAUAACCCAAGAUCGAUUAUUUUUACGAGCAAUGGUUCUCCAGAUGAUGGGAAUUUUGUCACUGUUGAUAUAACUGCGACAAAACGUGGUACAGAAUUACGGUCGACGGUUCCCUUGAUAAUAGAAUUUCCUGCCAUGCCUAAACCAAAAUUUACAUCGAAUGAAUUUCCACGAAAUGUCGGCUGGAAUGAGGAGGGAGUUCCUCAACCAAUUACUAUUGACGCUGCGACCGAGCUGAACCCUCUGGGAGAGGUGUCGACAUUUAGUAUUGGAUCGGUUUACCCUCCUGAACUGAGUGGAAAUAUAGUAAUUGAAGACCGUGGAGAUAAUGCCAUUUACCUGACGCUGACUGGUAUCACAGAAGAAAUGGAGAUUAAGAAUCGUGUCGCCUUCGUCCAGGUUGUGGCGCAAUUGGGAGAAGAUCAGUUUGAACGAACUGCGGCAGUAACGGUGGCGUUAUAUUUUCCUGAAAAGGAAGAUCCUACUACUCAGCCUACUGAGACGACCACGGCAUGUCCCACGGAAGUGACAACGAGUUGUCCAAUUUGCGAAUGUUCCACAACUCCAGCGGAAGGAACAACGCCAUGUGAACCAACUACUUGUCCUACAGAGGAAACUUGUCCAACUUGUCCGCCGCCAACGACUUGUCCAGUCACUGAGGAUCCAGGUACCACUUGUCCUACAACUUCUGAAACAUGCCCAACUUGUCCACCGCCUACGACUUGUCCUGUUACGGAAGAUCCAGGUACCACUUGUCCUACAACUUCUGAAACUUGUCCACCCCCAAUAACCUGUCCCACAACUGUUGAAACUUGUCCAACCUGCCCCCCGCCUACGACUUGUCCAGUCACGGAGGAACCAGGUACCACUUGCCCUACAACCUCUGAAACUUGUCCAACCUGUCCGCCGCCAACGACUUGUCCUGUUACCGAGGAACCAGGUACCACUUGCCCUUCAACUUCUGAAACGUGUCCGCCCCCAAUAACUUGUCCUACAACCUGUCCACCGCCUACGACUUGUCCAGUCACGGAGGACCCAGGUUUCACUUCAACUUCCGAAACUUGUCCACCCCCGGUAACUUGUCCUACAACCUGUCCCACAACUUCUGAAACUUGUCCACCCCCGAUAACUUGUCCUACAACCUGUCCCACAACUUCUGAAACUUGUCCACCACCAAUAACAUGUCCUACUUCAGGAACGUGUCCAACCUGUCCGCCGCCUACGACUUGUCCAGUCACUGAGGAGCCAGGUACGACUUGCCCUUCAACUUCUGAACCUUGCCCAACCUGUCCAUCACCUACAACUUGCCCGGUCACCACGUGUCCGCCAACGGCACCUCCAACGACUCCUUGUCCACUUGAGUGCCCCACAACGACUCAAUGCCCAGAGCGCACCACAACCAAUUUAGAUUGUCCCAAUUGUCCUGAUUGUGAAGCAGACUCCAACACCGGACUUGUAGCCGGAAUCAUUGUUGUUUCCGUCUUGUUCGCCAUUUCCCUUGGGGGAGCUGGAUUUCUAUUUUGGAAACUUAAAAACGUAGCAACGUCAUCUUUCCCCGCGUCCUUCGGUGGUGACCCUGCCCCACCGAAACCAAGACAUUCAUUCGCUCAACCCGGAAGUAUGCGAGGCGGAGGAGACAAUAUCUUAGCGGAGGACGAAGGAUGGGUGAAUCCAGCAUUUAGUGCCGACCCCGUGUCACCCAACGCUACGGCAGACACGUUAGAGCAGGUUUUAACGCAUCCAGCACCUUCCACAUCCGCAGCAGCAUUUUCUCCACAACCAGUUACUCCAUACAUGACAGCACCUCUGGUCUCUGACCCACCGAUGAAAUCUUCCUUAGCAAAACCUAAAGAAAUUGCUCCCGAUUAUGAAGAAGGGUUUGGCAGAUCAUCCGAAAAUCCAGAUGCUGCACCGAAGCCAAAAUCCGGAGGAGUUAAGAUUGCUGAUGAAGUGGAGAUAAUUAAUCAGGACGGAGAAUCAGAGCGCUUAUGAGGAGAGAAGAGUUAAAAAAAUCUUUUUGUUACAUAUAAGCAAAUAAUGGUUGCAGUUUACAGAUAUUACGCAAUAAUUUUUCCAGUAAAUAAAUUAAUUUAAAAGUUUUAUCUAGAA